AUGAAUUCAAAAUAUCCAAAGUUUCAUAAGUAUGUUACAAAAGGUUAUCUACUAUUAAUAGGUUGUUUAGGAGUGAUUUUACCAAUUUGUUACGGGAUUAAUAAACAACCAAAUUUAACAGAAAUAUUAAUAAUAAUUGCAUAUGUUAUACUCUCAUAUGUAAUAUAUUGGUUAAUUGUAAGAUUAAAUUGUUAUGGAAUCCCAAUACAAAAAAGAAAUAAUCUUGGUGGGUCAAUUUAUUCACAACACGGUCAAAACAAUUCUUCAUCAACAUUAUCCAAUAACAACAACACAAUAAUAUAUCAAACAUUUGCUAAUUAUAGAUUAAAUGGCUUAACGUUGGAAGGUGCUGGGUUGCCUCCACCUUAUAUGCCAAAAAUUGAGGAAGACAACGAGGAAGAGGAAGGGAACGAAGGGGAGAACGAGAAAAAUGAAGAAUUACAAUUAGUGUUAGUGGUAAUAGAACAAGAAGCAUCACCAUCAUCAUCAUUACAAAAUUGA